AUGCUUAUCCACUCAGCUUCUCGUCUUCCAGCCGAGUGCCUGCUCGUCCAGCUCACUCCAGGUACCACGACCUUGUCGCAGCCUAUUCGCAGUCCAGAGAAACUGAAGGAAACUGAUUGCAUUAGCUCAGAAUCCUCUCCAGGACGACCUAGCAACUUCCACACCUUUUAUAGCCAGUCUUUGGAGGUGAGGCCAGACACAGGGUUCCUUAUAGUAACAGGAGCAACCAGACAGGUCAAAGUUGGAAAUUGUAAUACUCCUAAACCAAGCUUCUUUGAUUUUGAAGGAAAGCAAAAAUGGGAAGCAUGGAAAGCCCUUGGUGAUUCAAGCCCCAGUCAAGCAAUGCAGGAAUACAUUGCAGUAGUUAAGAAAUUAGAUCCAGGUUGGAAUCCUCAGUUACCUGAGAAGAAAGGAAAAGAAGCAAAUACCGGUUUUGGUGGCCCCGUUGUUAGUUCUCUGUAUCAUGAAGAAAUCAUCAGGGAAGAAGACAAAAACAUAUUUGAUUACUGCAGGGAAAACAACAUUGACCAUAUAACCAAAGUCAUCAAAUCGAAAAAUAUGGAUGUGAAUAUGAAAGAUGAAGAGGGCAGAACUCUACUCCAUUGGGCAUGUGAUCGAGGACAUAAAGAACUAGUCACAGUCUUGCUACAAUAUAGAGCUGAUAUUAACUGCCAGGACAAUGAAGGUCAAACAGCUCUACAUUAUGCUGCUGCCUGCGAGUUUUUAGACAUUGUGGAGCUGCUGCUGCAGUCUGGCGCUGACCCCGCUCUCCCAGACCAGGACGGCUGCCUGCCGGAGGAGGUGACAGGUUGCAAGGCUAUCUCUUUGGUGUUGCAGCAGCACACGACCGGCAAGGUAUAAUCAAAAGGCUGGAAGACCACAGUCCGUAACAUCA